AUGGUAGCUACCAAAGAGCUCAGGGCGAUGAAGUUUCAGGAUGGGUUACAUCUUGAUAUUAGGCCAAGGAUUUUAGUAUUGGAAUUAAGGACCUACGGGGAGUGGAAGAAGGCUAAGGCCGGGGACAGUUCACGUACUCAGGGACAGUCACAGCAGGCUCGGUCUGUACCUGCAGUUCCAGUCACGCAGUGGGAUGGUUUCUUUUGUGUUGACACACCAGUUGGGGGUCCAGUGUUUUUGGAGCGUGUUUGUCAGGGUUAUGCUAUCGAGAUAGCUGGACGGACUUUAGAGUUCAAUUUCAUUGUUUUUGACAUGACGGGCUUUGACAUCAUUCUUGGGAUGGAUUGGAUAUCCUUCUUUCGUGCUACAAUCGAUUGCUUCCGCGGGAGGGUGACUGUUUGCACUCCCAAAGGAGAUUUCUUUCACUUCGUGGGAGAUCGGAGUGAUUCCCACUUGAUGAUGAUUUUCAGUAUCGCUGACGAGGAAAGCAGUUCAGGUAGCGUUUACUUAGCAGUUGUUGUGGAGUUCUUGGAUAUUUUUCCGGAGGAGUUGACGGAGCUUCCUUCUCUUCGGGAAUUUGUCUUUGCCAUCGAUGUCAUUCCUGGUACUGCUCCUAUCUCUAUGGCACCGUACUGUAUGGCAUCGGCAGAGCUUGACGAGCUGAAGGCUCAAUCAGAUGAUUUAAAAGCUAAAGGCUUUAUUCGUCCUAGUGCUUCACCCUAG